CUCCAAUCAUUGCAAACUAAUGGAUUCCAGUGCACAUUAAAGUAAGUGCAUCAAUAACCCUCUGUGCAGCCGAGCGCAGUCCCGACUGGGUGUGGUGUGGAGGCACAGAAAGAGCUUUAACCCAGGCCAGUGCAUUAGGCAGGCGGACUUGCUUCUCCCGACACUGCCAUGGUCAGGCUCUUGGCUCUUGCUCUACUUGGGUUCCUAUCAAGCAGAGAAUUGGCCGUUUCUUCUGCAGGCGAUGCUAGCUUCAAGACUUCAGAAGCCCACAGCAAUGCCCUGGAUCCCAGGCUCCACAAUGGGUCAGAGCUGAAGGUAUUCACUUUCGAUUACACCCAUGUACAAGCGCCUUUUGAAAUAGCCCUAUGGAUUAUGCUGGCAUCUCUGGCUAAAUUAGGGUUCCACCUGUACCGUCGUCUCCCUGCGGUGGUGCCGGAGAGCUGCCUGCUCAUCAUGGUAGGGUUGCUGGUGGGCGGGGUUAUAUACGGGACCCCGCACCAGGCCAGUCCUUUCUUGAGUACAGACGUCUUCUUCCUGUACCUGCUGCCUCCCAUUGUCCUGGACGCGGGCUACUUCCUGCCCAUCCGACUCUUCUUCGAGAACCUGGGCACCAUCCUGUGCUACGCUGUGCUGGGAACGUUCUGGAACGUCUUCGGGAUCGGCCUGUCUCUGUACGGGAUCUGUCAGGUGGGGCCCUUUGGGCUGGGCGACGUGUCCCUCCUCCAGGCCUUGCUCUUCGGGAGCCUGAUCGCUGCGGUGGAUCCUGUGGCUGUCCUUUCAGUCUUUGAGGAGAUUCACGUCAACGAGCAGCUCCACAUCCUGGUCUUUGGAGAGUCGCUGCUCAACGAUGCCGUCACUGUGGUCCUCUACAAGCUGUUUGAAGCAUUCUGUCAGAUGCCAACGAUCUCUGCAGUGGAUGUGGUGGCUGGGAUCGGCCAGUUCUUCAUGGUGGCGGUGGGGGGGGUGGCGGUGGGCACAGUCUACGGGUUCAUUGCGGCUCUGACAACGCGUUUCACGGAGAAGAUCCAGGUGAUCGAGCCUCUCUCUGUCUUCCUGUACAGCUACCUGUCUUAUCUGACAUCUGAAAUGUUUCACUUCUCUGGCAUCAUGGCCAUUAUAGCUUGUGCAGUGACUAUGAAGCAGUACGUGGAGUCGAAUGUUUCCCAGAAGUCACGCACCACUAUCAAGUACUUCAUGAAGAUGUGGAGCAGCGUCAGUGAGACCCUCAUCUUUAUCUUCCUGGGAGUCUCCACGGUCAGAGACAGCCACGAGUGGAGCUGGCCUUACAUCUCCUUCACACUUUUCUUCUGUCUGCUCUGGAGAGCUCUAGGAGUUAUUUUUCUGACCUCCAUUGUGAACAAGUUCCGUAUGAAUACCAUCACCUUUAAAGACCAGUUCAUCAUUGCCUACGGUGGCCUCAGAGGGGCAAUCUCCUUUUCUCUGGUCUUCCUACUUGAUGACUUCCCCAGGAAGAAGCUCUUCAUUACUGCCACAAUAGUGGUCAUCCUCUUCACUGUCUUUGUGCAGGGAAUGACAAUCAAACCACUGGUUGAGCUGCUGGAAGUUAAGAAAACAAGAAAAGCUCCUCCCACUGUGAGUGAGGAGAUCCACUGCAGGCUUCUGGACCACAUACUAGCUGGAGUUGAAGACAUCAGUGGGCACUGGGGCCAGCAUUACUGGAAGGACAAAUUUCAAUAUUUCAACAAGAAGUAUUUGAAGACGUUUUUAAUCCGAGGGGACAAACAGCCAAAGUCCAGCAUCGUCCUCUUUUACCAGAAGCUGGAGAAAAAACAUGCUUUUGAGUUCAACGAGUCCGAAGAGUUGAUCCACCCACCUCAUCCGCCAGGAGACUGCCAAAAACCAGCGCCCAGCAUAUCACCUCUUCUGCCUGGUGAGCUUGACAGCAUCAGGACCAUCCUGACCAGGAACCUGUUCCACAUCAGGAGAAAGACGCCAGCCUACAACAGACAUACCCUGCAGCGGGAUGGGAAUGCAGAGGAGAUGAAAGAGAUUCUGCUCAGGAGACGCCAGAGUCUGGGGGGGAACCUCACCGGAAAACGGGGUGGUGCCAGUGAGUCAGACAAGGAGCUAAACAAAGAGAAACGAUUAACAAGAUCUCAUACUGUGGGUUCAGAGCACAAGCCUGCUGUUGAAGGCGCUAAGCCUCUUCCAUCUGACAUCCCAGCAUCCAUGUGUGCUACUGGGGCAGGAGGCAUGGAGAACGGACCCGGUUUAAAUGAAAGCACCCAGUCACCUGGAGGCAGCACCCGAAACAGAAGAGACAAACCUCAGAAAACACUGAGCUUUUCUUUUCAAAAUGAAACUCAAGAGUAA